UCAUCACUGAGGCACUGUUUCCACGCGAUCAGGGUUCCUCAGGCUUGACAUUCAAAAGUGGGUUGAGGGUGCGGAACCCGCGGCGCUCCGAGCGUGCUUUAAAGCGGCCGCCAGCCAGCGCCGCUGUGACCCCGCGCACCGGCUGCUGGCCGGUUCCCGAACUGCAUCUGCGCCGACGCGACCGAGCCAUCCCCGGGCCUCCCCGCGCCGGGAAUCUCCCGCCAUCCGCGCGGGUCCCCACGGCAAGGAACACGUGGAGCGGCCGCGGAGCCUGAACGAGAGCUGCAGCCCGAGCGGCCCGCGGCGACAUGGAAGAUAUACAAGCAAAUGCGGAGCUGAAAGGUGCCGAGGAGCAGCCUUUGCCCACAGAAAGCCCAGAAACCUUGAGUGACUACAGUUUAAGCAAACCUCAUGAAGUAGAAAAUAUGGACAGUACCGAAGCCCCAACCAACGAAGACGAAGAAACAGGAGAAGACGCCAUGAAAGUGAAAGAUGAAUACAGCGAAAGAGAUGAGAGCAUUUUGAAGCCGGAGCCCCUGGGAAAUGCAGAAGAGAGCGAGAUUCCUUACGGCUAUGUGAGAGAGUAUAAUGAAUAUGAAAACAUUAAGCACGCUCCGUACGACGGUGGCAGGCCGAGCAGUGGGAAGAUGAACUGCGAUGUGUGCGGAUUGUCCUGCAUCAGCUUCAAUGUCCUGAUGGUUCAUAAGCGAAGCCAUACUGGUGAACGUCCGUUCCAGUGUAAUCAGUGCGGGGCAUCUUUUACUCAGAAAGGCAACCUCCUCCGUCACAUUAAGCUACACACAGGGGAAAAGCCUUUCAAGUGUCACCUCUGCAACUACGCAUGCCAAAGAAGAGACGCGCUCACGGGACACCUUAGGACACACUCUGUGGAGAAACCCUACAAGUGUGAAUUCUGCGGACGGAGCUACAAGCAGAGAAGCUCCCUGGAGGAACACAAGGAGCGGUGCCGCACGUUUCUCCAGAAUUCCGACCUGGGGGAUGCCACAAGUGUGGAGGCAAGACACAUCAAAGCGGAGAUGGGAAGUGAAAGAGCGCUCGUUCUGGACAGAUUAGCAAGCAAUGUGGCAAAACGGAAAAGCUCGAUGCCUCAGAAAUUCAUUGGGGAGAAGCGGCACUGCUUUGACGUCAGCUACAACCCUAGCUACGCCUAUGAGAAGGAGACUGAGAUGAUGCAGACCCGAAUGGAGACUGAGAUCAUGCAGACCCGAAUGAUGGACCAAGCCAUCAACAGCGCCAUCAGCUACCUUGGGGCUGAAGCCCUGCGCCCCUUAGUCCAGACUCCGCCUGCUCCCACCUCUGAGAUGGUCCCAGUUAUCAGCAGCAUGUAUCCCUUAGCUCUCACCCGGGCUGAAAUGCCCAAUGGGGCUCCCCAGGAGCUGGAAAAGAAAAGGAUGCUCCUACCGGAGAAAAACUUGCCUUCUGAACGGGGUCUGUCCCCCAACAAUAGUGCCCACGACUCUACAGACACUGACAGCAACCACGAGGAUCGCCAGAAUCACAUCUACCAGCAAAGCCACAUGGUCCUUCCCCAGGCCCGCAACGGGAUGCCACUUCUGAAGGAGGUCCCUCGCUCCUUCGAACUCCUGAAGCCCCCUCCCAUCUGCCUGAGAGACUCCAUCAAAGUGAUCAGCAAAGGAGGGGAGGUGAUGGAUGUGUUCCGGUGUGACCACUGCCAUGUCCUCUUCCUAGAUUAUGUAAUGUUUACCAUCCACAUGGGGUGUCAUGGCUUCCGUGACCCUUUCGAGUGUAACAUGUGUGGCUACCGAAGUCACGAUCGCUACGAAUUCUCCUCUCACAUUGCCAGAGGAGAGCACAGAGCCAUGUUGAAGUGAGCAUCAGUCUCCGAGCUCACAAUCUAAGGGCCAACGUUGUUUUGUUUUAAAACUGAUGAUAGCCUUACCCUGGAAGCUGAACUCAAACCCACAGUCCUGCCCAGUUAUGUUAGCAUUCAGUCAUAUUCACACGAACAAUCAGGGAAACACUGUCUUCAUCCAGAAACGGUUUGCAAAGCCAUCACGUUACUCUGUGAAACCUUCCUUUCCCAUCAGUUGAAUUUGAUGGGAUUUAAAAGCCAAAGAAGUAUCUGGUUCAUUAUCUUUUGUAGCAAUAGACAGCCGUCCGCUGGAGCUCAUUGCCAACUGGAACAGUCUUCAGUGGGCUGCAGGAGACAUUCGCUGGGAUAUAGCAGCCAUAUGCGGAAAAGCCUUUUGAUCCUAUGCCCAGAUCCACACAGUGGAAGAGCUGACCAGCUGCCCUUGCCCUUGGGCACUAGCAUGAGGCAGAAGGGUUAGGACCUAACCUCCCCCUCCCUUCCCAGUCUAACGGUAAGAUAGGGACCGCCAUAGAGUAAGGACCUGCUGCCAGGAAUGGAAGAGCCUACCCUCGGAGCUUCAGUUCGCUUCCUGUCACACAAACAAACAAAACAGAAGCCAUCUGAGGACCCUUCUGCUUCACCUGCCUGUCACCAGGGAACACCUGAGGUGAUCUGGCCUAAGCCAGCUCUCUGGAAGAAAAUUUUACCCAGAAGAACCAACCAACACUUUUAAAUACUGAGUAUCACUGACACCCAGGGAUUAGCCACUGAGGGGCAGUGGCAUUUGUUUUUGUUUUGUUUUUGAUUGAGAUUGGCCAAGCAGGCUGGGGACAUAGCUCAGUGGUACAGUGUUUGCCAAGUUCAACCCCCAGGACCAGGGGACAAAAAGGAAAGAAAGAAAAGGGGGGGAAAGAAAGAUUGGCAGAGCAGUGUGUGUAAGGGCACGUGGGUUGUCACUGUUGUGCAGUACUGGGUGCAAACCCAAAGAACACCUGAAAGUGAUUUUGCACGCGCACAUACACAGGGGACCCAGAACAUGCCACUUCGCCUGCCCUGCCCCACAGGAGUGAGAGCAGGGCUACAGAAGUUCUGAUCAGGAUGCUGCGAGGUCACAUUAGACAUGGGUGGCUUUUAUUUCACUUUUAACCCUUGUUGCCUAGAUGGGGCCUCGAGCUCACUACUAGCUGAGGGUAGCCAGGACUCUGAUCCUCCUGCCUCAGCCUGCUGAGUGCUGGGGUGAGAGAUGACCACCAUCAGAAUGUCUGCUGUCUUAAACCGGAGCUGCCACAUUCCCUUAAAGAGUCUCGGAAGUCUGUCUCGCUCUGUAGACGGACUCUGUAGCUACACACAGGCACCGAGACAUCAAGGAAACCCGGAAUAGAGGUCAAAACACACGUGCACCAAGCUCCUAUCUGUUACUAAUUAGUGUGUGCUUUUGUACAAAUCAUUUAACUCUGAAAGCUAAACUUCCUCAACCAUAAAAUAAGAGUUGGAUUUAGACCUUCUUGAUUGUCCCUCCCGGCUUCAAUACACAAUUAUUCCGUAACCACAGGUUAUUUUUAAACCUCCUGAUGUGUGGGCACUAGGCAGAAGGGUCCAUACAUGAAAAUGUGUUUCAUAUCUCUUUGGUGUGAAAAUAUAAGUGUGUUAAGUUUUUCCUUCAGCCACUGAGUCAUGAACGUGAGGAGACUCUGAGGAGGAACAAAGAACAGGAAGGUGAUUUGGUCUUGCCAAAGUGUGCACACAAAUUGGCAUCCACAGCUACUUGCCGGGGCCCUUUUCUUCCUUUCCUUUUUAAGAAACUGGUCUUAGGGAAAAUAAGUUCUGCUUACAGGGACAGUUCCAUGGAGCCUAUUUACAAAUUAAGAGCUAGCUUUAUGAACAUUUCUGCCAGAGCCAAGAAUCCCGAGUUCCUGGUAGAUUAGCAUUUUCCUUCUAAAGAGCUUAUGGAUUGGGCUCUCGCUCAACUCAUUUAUGCAAUGCCAGUAAUUAAAACGUUCCACCUCAGACACACAAAUGGCUUAGCCUGCUUUGUAGCAUGGUGUCUGUCUCAGGGAACGGGGGUGGGGGGGCAUGAAGUUCCAUGGCAACAGUUCCGUGUGCCUGAGGCUUCAGUUAAAGGGCUGGGUGUCUUCAGCACCGCUGGAUCUUAGCAGAGCUGGAUCUGAGCUGUGCCACACUGUGCCCAUUGUGAAAGAGGACCUGCCUAUUCUAUGCUUGAGAUAGUUCACAUCCUGUUGACUUUAGGGGAGGAGGCGCGAUGGGAGGGAGGGAGGGAGUUGGAAAGCAGGGAAGCUAAGGAAAAGAUGCAGAGAUGGGCAUUUCCAUCCGAGUGCUGUUGAAGUCUGCUGUAGACACGUACACACACACACACACACACACACGCACAUGCACGUGUGUACAUUUUGUCAUCUCAAGAUGGUGAACUACCACUCUACCAGCCCAGAAACCUCCACAGAUCAGGACAGACUUGCUGGAUGGCUUCCAUCUCCUGAGGCCACCUUUACAGAGCCUUCACCUUCACAAAACCGUUCUGAGCCUGAGCAGGGGCCCUCAACUCCAGGUCCUGCUGAAGCUUGAAGAGUGUAGCAGCUGAGCUUGGUGGGGUGCCGUGGUUAGUGGGUGGUUAGCACUGCCGGUGCAUGUGUUCCUUGUGCUACCUAAGGGCCCCCCUUGAUGGAGGUGGGGCUGAAGUGAGAAGGGGUAGGGAUUUGCAUCCUCCGUGGGUCUGUGAAGUCCUGGGGGUAGCUUCGGCUUUCUCACACAGUCCCCCACACCAUGAGCUCUGUGGGUCUUUCCUUCCUUUCCCACCAGCCCUCUUAGACGCAGGCUCCAACCACACGCCCAAGGGGGCUGCAAACUGGGGACCAACCAAACCCACAAGAAGUUCCAUUGCAGCCAAAGUGACAGAGUUGGGGUGAGGGUGGAAAGAAGGGUAGAGCUAGCUCUCCAAAUGCUCUCGCCAUGUCAAAGUGCUGCCCAGAGCUCAGCAGAGGUAUCCUCCCAUCACCCCUCGGCAUUACCACCAGAAGAGGGAGAACGCCACCAAUCUUCAUAUGGCUUACAUCUCUCCUCCAGAGAAACAGUUCCCCGGGCACUGACAAGCCAGCUAGCCUUGUCUCUCCUGCUCAUUCUCAGCCCUUCCUGACUUUGCUUCUGUAUUCAUCCAUGACAGAAUCCCUCCCCUUUUAUGGACUAACCACUUUGGUUGGCCCAUCCAUAUUCACAGCACACCCCCCCUCCCAAGAAAAUGGCCCCAGGUGUCUUUUGCAAAGGGAUAUUUUAAAACACAAAAUCUUACUUAAUUGAAAUAUUAUGUAACUAACAAAUGUCACAUUGGCAGAGAAGUUUUCCAAGGAGCUGUGUAUCACUAUUCUCCUCGGCUUCUUUGUCCCCCUUACUAAAUAAAAGUGAAGACUUAGUAAGGGGACAAACCUUACUGCCAGGCUAGGGUGUAGCUCAGUGCAAGAAUACUUCUUGCCUAAUGCUAGCAUGAGAGAGGCCCUGGUUUCCAAGCCCAGCUGGAAGAGAAAGAGAUAGAUAGAUAGAUGAUAGAUAGAUAGACAGACAGACAGACAGACAGACAGAUGCAAAAAUUAUACUUUUGAAACAUACCCCAGGGCAGGCAGGAAGACCACAGGGAUAAAGGUGGUCCAUGGUCCUCACUGUGAAGUGCCCUCCACUGAAAAACAUGGGGCCUCUAGCAAGGCCUGGGAAACUGAGAAAAUUCAGACUUGUAAAAAAACAGCUUGAACAUUUUUGAGGUUUGAGGAUGCAGGAGCCUUGAAUUAAGACUUCUGCACUCAGGAAGGAAAAAGAGUGGAGAGAGGUUUUGUUUUUCUGUGGUUUUUUUUUUUGUUGUUGUUGUUGUUCUGUUUGUUUGGUUGGGUUUUUUUGGUCUAAAAAUCAUCACCAAGAGCCUCAGCAGAAAAUGAACCAUAUAUACUGUCAUGUUUUAAAGGAUAAAGAUGCUAUUUUAUACAGAAGGCUGUCCAGGAAACCUCAACAGUGUCCUGGGCAAAAAGAUGGGGAAAUUCUUCAAAUGUAGAAACCAAAGGCUGAACCCUGGCUACCCUAGGACUGUUUUCUAAGAAGGACCAAUCACGGGAAUAAUAAGUGUGUACAGAGAUGGGACCACUGGUUCUAAAGAAGAGCCUGGAAGACGGGUGUGGGCUUUGCCCUAGGGUUAGCUUAAGACCGUAGCUGUCUUACCCAUGCUGUAUCCUCCAUCACCCACCAAGCCAUCAAUAUGCUCAACAGGUCUUUGCCCUUUGAAGGAGCUGGAAGUGUUGUUCCCUCUAAACAUUCCAACUGUGGAUUGUCCUAUCCACUGAUAAUGUAUGACCUGUUGCCUGAAAUUGGAACGUUAAUGUUUUGAUUAAAUAUGUAAAGUCAUAAUGAUGUCUACCUUCCAGGGUGUACUGAGGUUUGCCAUAGUCUUGUCUAGAGAGAAAAGCUGCUUGUGGGGAGGGGUGUUAAACCGUCCAGUUAGACAUUUUCUGCUGUGAAUCCUGUGUCUGGUAAGAAGGACAUGAAUGGAUAGGUCAAGAUCAUGCGAGGGCCAGUGCCGUUGCAGAGGGAGGCCACUAAGGUCUAACUAAGAGUGUCUUUGUUAUGCUUCAUAAGGUUAGUGAAUACGCUGGCCCCUGGAGCCAAUGUAGAACACUCCAUGGUCUUUCUCUAGGUCAGCUUUGUUCCCUCCCUGUCUGUAAGAUCACAGUCAUCGGCUCUCGGAGUCUUGGAAUUCCCCCAUGCAGUCCUCACCCUCCAUCACUCCAGAGAACCCAUUCCCGGGAGCCCAGAGAGGAGCCCCACCGGACUCCCCAACUUGGUUUCUUUGCCUCCCCCAAAAGGCACACACGUGCUAACAUGGCAGGGAAAUGGGGCAGCCUUUGAAAAUGAUUGCUGUGGCUGCCAGUGACUCAUCGGUGAGGACUUUUCCAAGCCAGCAGGCCAGGUUCUUCCUGGUGGCCCUGCCUCUGUGGAUUCACGGAAACCAAAUUACUGUGGGUUGCAAAGAAUUAGCAGGUCAUUUUAAAAGCAGACAUGCCUUCACCCAGACUGUGGUUUCGUGUGCUCGGGUUCUCAGUCUGUGAGCACUGGGGACGAUCACUUUGGCUACUGGAAAAAACCAUAGCUUAUUUUUAAUUUCUGGUUGUCAAAGUCACCACACGUGUGGUCUGUGGAUGACCCUUGUCUGCAGAGUGAUGAAGGAGGAACAAAAGGUGCUUUGGGGCUCAGGGAACCCUCACCCACAAGUUACCACAAGGCCUGUGCUGUUGGCCGUGCCCUCUUGCCUGUGUUUCUCAGAAACAUCUCUUGCCAGUGGCGUCUCAUUUCCCUCCCCUGGAGUUUCACCUGAAUCCCACCAUUGGGAGCAUUCAUUGUACAGUACCUCCGCACUCCGUAAAGUCUGUCCAAAGUUCACUUGGAGUGAAGCCGCGCUAACCUCGUCAGAAUGUAAGGAUUGCAUCGCCUGUAUGAAACAGCUUGCUGAUACUGUCAAGUUUUCUCUACUGUGUUUGAUUUUUACCCUGAUAAAUAAAUAAAUAAAAUUCUGGUGUGUUUAAAAUUA